AUGGCGAUGGCAAUGGCGACGACGACGCGCGCGUCGGCGACGCGCGUCGGCCGCGUCGUCGCGCCUCUCGCGACGCGAACGACGCGAUCGGUCGUCGCCGCGUCGUCCGUCGUCGCCUCCGCCGCGUCUCCGCGUCUGGCGACCGUCCGCCGCCGCGCGUCCGUCGUCGUCGCGUCCGCGUCCGCGUCCGCGACGAAGAGAGACGCCGCGGCGCCGCUCGCGGUCGUCGACGCCGCGCCAGCGCGCCUUGUGGACGACGAUCGACCCCGCGAGUCGUCGUCGUCGUCGUUCUGGCGAGCCAUCGCGCCGAAAACGACGAACGACGACGACACCUCCGCGUCGAUCCUUCGCGCGCUCGCGACCGGCGGCCUCGCGUCGCUCGCGCUCGCGUCGCUCGCGCACCCGGAGCUCGCGCGCGCGGGCGAGGACGCGCUCGCGCUCGCGGCGGAGGAAGACCCCGUCGGGCUCUUCGACGGCUUCCUCUCCGCCUUCCUCCUCAUCUUCUUCAGCGAGAUCGGCGAUAAGGCGCGUUCUGAUUCACACCGGUCCCCAUACGACCCAAUCGGCGUGGUGAACGCCACGUUUUUCAUCGCCGUGCUCCUCGCGCUGCAGCAGGACAAGGCGACGGUGUUCGCGGGAACGUUCGGCGCGCUGGCGGUCAUGACCGUCAUCUCCGUCGGCAUCGGGCAGGUGUUUCACCUCGCGGACGAAGCCCUCGCGGGAUUCGGCGCGUCGUCGUGGGACGAUUACCUCGCCGUCGCGCUGCUCCUCGUGUUCGGCAUUCAGGCGCGUUCUAUCUCACACUGGUCCCCAUACGACCGCGUUGGCGUGGUGAACGCCGAUUCUCAAGGACUUUCUCUCCCGGCGCAUCUCUCCGCCCAGGGUCCCUCGCUUUCAACGCCCGCCCUCGACGCCUUUCACCUCCGCUUCUGA